UCUAUACAUACCUUUGAUGGAUCCCAAUUUUGUAUCAGUUAAUCAGUAUUAGAAAGCUAGAACAAAGGGGGAAAACCACUUAAAACGUGUGUAAGAAGCUACUGAAGUAACAAACACCCAAUGGAGGAAACAUUUGAUAAUACAUACAUGCGGGAGAGAAAUGUUUGAAACUGUGCAUGAUAUAAAAGCAGAAAAGAAACAAAAUAUAAAAAUACUUGAAGUGGAAAAAAGCUUUAAAUGUGAUUCUUGUGAUUUUUCAUCUCAAUCAAGUAGUAAAUUGAAGAUUCACUUAAGAAUACAUACAGGGGAGAAACCCUUUAAAUGUAAACUUUGUGAUUAUGCAGGUAACCAGAGAGGGAAUCUAAAGAAACACAUGAGAAUACAUACAGGGGAGAAACCUUUUAAAUGCAAUUUUUGUGAUUACGCAGGCAGACUAAAAGGUACUUUGAAGUGUCACAUGAUGAUACAUACAGGAGAAAAGUGCUUUAAAUGCAAUGUUUGUGAUCGUGCAUUUUACGUAAAAGGUAAUCUAAGGAAACACAUGAAAAAACAUACAGGAGAUAUUAAGAGAUUUAAAUGUGGCCUUUGUGAUUAUAGAUUUAAAACAAAGUGUAAUCUGAAGAUACACGUACAGAGAAAACAUACAGGAGAGAAACCCUUCAAGUGCAAGAUAUGCGAUUAUGCAUGUGUUGAAAGCACUCACUUAAAGGGCCAUAUGAGAAUACAUACAGGGGAAUAUUUAUUUAAAUGUAAAAUGUGUGAUUAUGCAUGUUACCAAUCCAGUAAUCUGAAGAGACAUAUGCUAAAACACACAGGAGUGCGAAGCUUUAAAUGUGAUGUUUGUGAUCAUGCAUUUUACACAAUUUAUGAGCUAAAAUUACAUAUGGAAAUACAUGCAGGAGAUAAAUAUAAUUGUGAUAUUUGUGGUUCUGCAUUUAGCUUGAAAGGUAGUCUGAUAUCACACAUUGGAAUACAUGUAGGGGAGAAACGAUUUAGCUGUGAUUUUUGUGAUUAUGCUGGUUAUAAGAGCCAUCAUCUGAAGGAGCAUAUGACAAUACAUACUGAAGAGAAGAGCUAUAAAUGUGACAUUUGUGAUUAUUCCUGUAACUCACGAGCUUAUCUGAAGACACAUAUCAAAAUACAUACAGGAGAGGCAAGGAUCUUUAAAUGUGAUGUUUGUGAUUAUUCAUGUCACCAUCGCAGUAAUAUGAAUAGACAUAAGGCAAUACAUACAGGAGAGAAGCGCUUUAAAUGCAAUGUUUGCGAUUAUGUGUGUAAUGUAAGAAGUUCUAUGAACAGCCAUAUGGCAAUGCAUACAGGAGAAAAACGCUUUAAAUGUGAUGUUUGUGAUUGUGCAUACCAUGAUGGCAGUGGUCUGAAGAGGCAUAUGGUAGUACAUACAGGAGAGAAACCUUUUAAAUGUGAUGUUUGUGAUUAUUCAAGUAAUAAAAGGUACGUUCUGAAAAGACAUGUGAAGAUACAUACAGGAGUAAAAAGCCUUAAAUGUAAUAUGUGUGAUUAUGCAUGUCAUAAUAGCAGUAGUCUGAAGAGGCAUAUGGAAACACAUACAGGAGAGAAACGCUUUAAAUGUGGUUUUUGUGAUUAUGCAUGUAAUGAAAAAAGAUCUUUGAUUAAGCAUAUAAAACUACACACUAGAAAAGAAAGUAAAUAACAUGUCUGUCCUUAUACAUGUAAUUCAAGCAGCAGUUGCAUCAAAAUGCAUAUUCGAAAGCAUAAAGAGGAGAAAAUCUUUAAAUGUGAUGUAUGUGAUCGUGCAUUUAUUGAAAGGAGUAAUCAAAGGGUACAUAUGAAAAAACACGCAGGACAAGAAAUUAUCAAACUAAGAUAGCCAAUAAAGCGGUCUUUGGUACGAUGUCAUAUGAAAAAACAUACUGGAAAGAAAUAUGUAUGUGUGAUUUACUUAGUUAAAUCAGAAAUAUGAGAACACAUAUGAGAAAAUAUUUUGAACAUGAUUUAUGAUUAUGCAUGUUUUAUAUUCAAUUAUGUCUCUUCUAUGUUUCCCUGAAUGCGUAUUUUUUUCAUAGGUGUAUUAAGGACCACACUGUGUGUUUUGUCAUAAUUUCAUUGAAUGCAGACUUGAAAAGAACGGGACGUCUUACAUGAACACAUGUGCAGGGCAAGUGUUGUCCAAAGCAUAACCUCUCUGUGUCUCUCUAAGUUAAAUAGUUCUCAUCUGAUAUUCAUCAAACAUGCUGACAAUGUUCGUGGGCAUACCUUAGCCAAGUUCGAUAACCACUCAAAUCUUUUUGAACAGUCUUGGAAUAUGGCCAUUGAAUUACUAAAAAAAACCUGCAAAUUUAACAUUGACUGCUCUCUAACAUGUCUAUGUCAAACAGUUUUUCUUGCGAUAUUUACCAAACUUGCUGACAGUGUUUGCUGAAAUAAUAUUUCAUCCAAGUUUGGUACCUACCCAGAUGGCCCUAGGAACUCUUGGAUUAUAGACUUGAAUCAGGCUAAGUUUUAUAAAUGGCGUAUUAACUAUUUUGUGACAGUCUGGCAAUUUUGAUAGUGACAUAUUAUAGACAAUCUCUUUAGAAAGGUCAUAAAUGUCUGAAAAUCAUGGUUGUGAAAACAUUGUGACAAAUAUGAAAAACGAGUUAGAAUUGAAUUCUUGAUCACAUGCCCGUUUUAAAUUUCCUUUCUAUCAUCUAACUGUUAUAAGACUUACAAUUCUUGCUUCUUUAAAACAUUUUUACUUGUAUCAUUUCAUGGGUCAUAUAAAACAAACUUGAAUAUAAUAUUUUAUCUGUCGAAAACUCAGAUAUUAAAAACAACCUUUUAUUCUCUGGUUUUUAACCCUUACCAUACAGGACAUGACUGAUUCUGCCUUUGC